AGAAGGGAGACGAUGUUGAGGUUAGGUACCAAUGAGUACAUGACGUGAAUAGACGUACACACAUCACAUACGUUACAUUUGUUCAUCAUUAUCAAUCUGGUUAGGUCAGGUUCAGCAUAUGUGAUUAUAUGACAUAUUCUGUCAAUAAAAUUCCCGUAUGCAUCGUGUUAACGUACUUCCAUAAUUACGCACACGUCAACGUUAUAUCAUCAGUGCGAAAACACAUUUGACUGUGUCGAUCACAAAACGGCAGAGAUCACCCGCACAAUGACGGAGAAUAAUCGACACAUUUCCAAGUGGGUUUCGAGGAUAAUAAUCGCUACGUUUCUCGUGCUCAUUAUUUUAAAUCUGCCGGCUGUCUGUAGUGCUCAUGGAGAUCACGACGAGCACUCACCCAGUUACAAAUAUUCCAAGGAAGCAAACAAGAACUAUUUAAAUUCACAUCACAAGGACCAACUCCAUCACAGCCAUCAUCAUGAUUAUGAUUCCAAACACUCUCAUUCUACGCAAACAAAUGUUGUGCAUAAAAAUCGCAGUGACAUUAUUUUGAGAGCUGUUGGAUCGACUGUGAUUAUAUCUAUUGCACCUUUUCUUAUAUUGUUUUUUGUACCACUGGACAAUACUAACCAACACGAAUCAUUGCUGAAAAUUUUACUGAGCUUUGCAGCUGGUGGCCUAUUGGGUGAUGCGUUUCUUCAUCUGAUUCCUCAUGCAAUGGUCCCUCAUUCGCAUGAGGAAACACACUUGCCUAAAGUUCCUUUUACCUAUGAAAAAUCUGAACCUAAUGAACCUGGACAUCUAGAUAAAUCUGAACAUCUAGAUGAAUCUGGACAUCACAAACAUGACAUGAGCAUUGGCUUAUGUGUAUUGUUAGGAUUAAUAAUAUUUUUAAUAGUAGAGAAGGCGAUUCGCAUUAUUAAAGGUGCUCAUACUCACUCACAUGUCCAUCAUGUUCCUCAAGAAAAAAAGGAGAAUGUCUCUUCGGAGAAGAAAGAAGAUAAGAAAAACAGCAGUAAAGCGAUUUCUAAGGCAUGCAAAACAUCUGAAAAUGACAUAAAGAUCGCUGGUUAUUUGAAUCUGGCUGCAGACUUUCUGCAUAACUUUACAGAUGGUUUAGCUAUAGGGGCUAGUUACAUGGCUGGAAAUAAUAUUGGUUAUCUAACAACAGUCACAAUUUUAUUACAUGAGAUUCCACAUGAAAUCGGCGAUUUUGCCAUAUUGGUGCAAAGUGGAGUUAGCAAAAGAAAGGCUAUGAUGUUGCAAUUGAUUACUGCUGUAGGAGCUUUGUUAGGAACCUUUGUUUCUUUGUUGACAGAAGGAAUGGGUGAUCUUGCAACAAAAUGGAUUCUUCCAUUUACAGCAGGAGGCUUUAUUUAUAUUGCAACUGUUUCAGUAAUACCAGAACUUUUGGUUGCCAGUAAACCUUGGCAAUCAGUUAUGGAGAUCUCUGCACUUCUUUUCGGAGUAUGUAUGAUGGUUUUGAUAGCAGAAUAUGAAUAAGAAAUAGGUUUGUUAGAUAUAAAAUUCUCAUUCGAUUUAGUUUAUUCUUUAAGAGCAUUCAUUAAAAUCUGAAAAAGUGUCCAUUACAUAAAUAAACAACAAUGAAGAAGAUUAAUGUACAUUUAAUACAAUUAUAAUUAUAGUCUCUACAGGAAAGAUAUGCAUUAUCUUAAUCUUUCACAGAAACAGAUACCAGUAAUACAAAUAUCACUAUGUAAUACUUCUGUGACUAAUUGCAUUUAUGUUCAAUAAAAAAAUGGAUAGGAUUAAUG